AUGAACGCCAAACAGUGGCUCGCAAAGCUUGUUUCUUUCGACACGACAAGCCGAAACUCGAACCUUGAGCUCAUCCACUACUGCAAGGACUACCUGGAGGGACUCGGUGUGAAAUGCACGCUGGUGCACAAUGCAGAGAAGACUAAAGCAAACCUGUGGGCGACUCUGCCGGGUGAAGGCGGCGUGACGGAGGGCGGCAUUAUUCUCUCCGGCCACACGGACGUGGUCCCGGUGGACGGGCAGAAGUGGAACAGCGAUCCGUUUACACUGACGGAGCGGGAUGGGAAACUGUACGGUCGUGGCACGUCCGACAUGAAGGGCUUUGUUGCCGUGUGCAUGUCUAUGACCCCCGAGCUCCUCAAGAUGAAGCGCGCGAAACCCGUUCACUUUGCCUGGACAUACGACGAGGAAGUCGGCUGCAUCGGUGGCCAGGUUUUGACAGAUUUCCUGCGGGAACACAAAAUCAGGGCGGAAUGCUGCAUUGUUGGUGAGCCAACCUCUAAUAAAUUGGUUGUCGCACAUAAGGGGCUUUUUUUGUAUCGUGUUUGUGUGCAUGGCAAGGCGGUGCAUUCUUCCUACGCCCAAACGAAGCAAGGUUGCAAUGCUGUCUAUUACGCCGCAAAGCUCAUUGUGAAAAUAAACGAAAUUGCAGAGAACAUUAAAUUUUAUGGUAUGCAAGACCCCUGUUUUGACGUUCCCUUUACAACGAUGUCACCAAAUUUAAUUCAAGGCGGUAAUGCCCUAAAUACGGUUCCCGCGAAGUGCGAAUUUGUCUAUGAAAUGAGGUAUUUACCGGAGGCCGAAGCUGAGAAGUUUGAAGAAAGGAUAAAAGCGUAUGUGAACGACACACUUCUUCCGUCUAUGAAGAAAGCAUUUGGGGAUGCACGUAUUGAACUGGAGAAAUUGUCAAAGACUCCUCCUUUUAAAGAUGCCAAUGAGAAGGAUCCCUUUACGCUUUUAAUGCGUCAAAUUACAAAGGACUCCACUAAGCGUAAAGUGGCCUAUGGCACCGAGGCUGGUCAAUAUCAGGCCAUCGGUGUACCAGCAGUCGUAUGUGGCCCUGGCUCCAUAUUGCAAGCACAUAAACCGAAUGAAUUUGUAACAUUGGAGCAACUGGACGAAUGCGCGAGGAUAAUUCGGAAGGCCAUUCAAGGCGAUGGAGCUGUGGCUCGUCCACAUCUAUAG